AUGUGGUCUCCUCCGACGGCGAGGUUUAUCUUGUUUACGGUGGGGAGAAUGCAUCUCAGGGCGGAGGAUGCGUUGCAGGUCUGGAGCUUUGUUUGGAAAGACCGAUGGGUGCCCAUAGGCAUUAAGGCGUCAACAACGGACCCGUGUGACAGCAGGAGUCACUGCGUCUUCUUUUGGCGUUGCACAGUAAAUUCUUUGGACGGCGCGUUUGGCUCUAAGAACGGUGCUUUGACCUUUGCGCACGGGAACCUCCUUGCCGAGGAGACUGUCCCUGCUGCUUUCAAACUGCAUGCGGAUCGUCUGCUCGUGCAGGCACUGGAGGGUCCGCUGACUGCGUCCCAUUUGCCACGGGAAGCGUUUGCAGUCGGUUCACGGUGCCUGCUGAGCAUCCUUCCACUGGUGUUCCCAAUUCUGACACGGCGCAGUGCGUGGCUGCGGCGCUGGUGGUGUGUGGGCACUGCGGUGCGCCACGCUAGAGGAUGGCCAUCAUGUCGCUGGCGCCAUGCAAUUUGCCCGUCAGUUUUAUUUCACGGACGCAUCGCCGCGCACCUGUUGGCCCAUGCUCUCGGGUUUAACUGCCCGCACACGGCAAGCCACAGCGUGGUGAGGAAUGCUAUUGGUGUGCGCGGCAGAGCGCUGUCGGUGGUGGUGCACUCAGCGAAUGCCGCGAUGGCUGCGAGGGAGCACCACGACUGCGACGACAUUGAUGGCAUGGAGCUGCAGGAUGAAGAUGGGGACGGGAGGACGCUGGAGUCGCACUGGUGGCGGUGCCACGCGAGGGAUGAGUGGAUGGCACCGAUUGGGGGCGCCGGCUGCUGCAGAGGAAGUGCUCCGCACUGA